UGCGGAGAGCACCGCGCGGUGGACAGUCAAUCGCAAUGCAAAAUAUGAACGCACUGUAGGCUUCUACGGUUCUUCUUCAACAACAACAACAUAGUUUUCCGCACGGAUAGCACGCUUCCUUACUGCUAAAGGAGGAUUUUUUUUCGGUUGGGUUUGCGCGUUUGGAGUGAAAAUGCCCUUCUGCAAGCGCACAAUAGUUCCCAAGGAUGUCUGUAAAAACGACGCGAAGAGGCAAACUGCGAUUUUCGGGGACUUGGUGGACGUUUGCGGGUUCACUCUAUGUUCGGUGCUCCGACAGCUCUCGGAUUUAUCCCGGCACUCCGUCAGCAUCUUGGAAGAGCUCGAGGGCGAGCUCGUGUCUAUCUGUCACCGGUCGGGCACGCUCGAGGGCAAAGUGAUCCGUUUACAGCGACACAUCGCUGCGCUCGCCAGUAAGCCACCGCCAAAGACCAACACCAACUUGGACGCAGAGUCGAAGCGUAGUGCGGCUUCGUCGUCGACGGCGACAUCGGCCCACUUCCGGUCUCCAUGGCAACAGAGCGUGAAUGUGUUUGGCUCGUGGAGCAGGCCGGACUGUGUUCAGGAGCUCCAUCAGGAGGCUCAGCUUAACCUGCAGAGCCUGCUGCAAGACUUUGAAGAGCAGCUGUAUGACACCAAGCUAACAGGCCAGACGUUCCGCCACCCAACAGCUUCCUCCCAGAGUUCUGACGACACGUCCACCACCCUCAGUCGCUCCCCUGUCUCCCUCAACAACAAGAGACCUGAAUUCAUCUUCCUGCCGGCGUCUAAGGGGCAUGUGUGUGAGGAGGAUGAGACCUCCUCAGUAAGUAUCAGUAGGGGUACAGACCCGUCCCCCUCUCCUUCCCCAUCCCCCUGUGGGUCAGAUCGCCCUCUAGUGGGGUGGAGCAACACCUCCCUGGGACCCCCCGUGGCCGAGAAACCUCGUUGGCACCUGGGACGACGCACCCCCGCUCACCUGCUAUCCCUCGACAUCACAGGUGAGGGUAAACUCUUGGGCGUAGACCUCCUCCAGGGAUCCUGUUCCCCCUCUCCGUCCCUGGGCUGUGGUGGAGGAGGCCAGCCCCGGUCUCUGGAGCCUGUCACAGACACCCCUGUCCAGCACAUACCCCUGAGAAAGACCCACAGUGACCUGGACCCCAGCUUCAGCCUUCCCCAGUCCCCCAGGAACCCCCCUCCUACCCUGGGCACCAUGGACCACUCUGCCGCCCUCCUCUGCUCCAACUCCCCCUCUCAGUCCUGGAACGGCCCCAAGGGCUCCACCUUCUCCCCGGGAGCCUGGAAUGAGGCCUAUAGUUAUAGUCUAGCUCCAAGUCCGCUGGGGAAGGGACCGGCGACCAUGCCCAAGGGAGCAAGGAUGGUGGAGAUGGUUGCGGGGCAGGGUGGGGAGUUGAUGUGCCCCUCUCAGACCAGUUUGGGACUCUCCGUGAGCUCGGGGUCGCAGUCUCACUCUAGUUCGUUCACGUCAAUAUCAGAACCUUCCGGACACAGGCACCCAGGCACCAUAGGGAUGAUGAUGGGAAGGCGGAGCGAGACAGAGGGGGCGGCAUCUAGCCCCACUGACGAACGGAGUGGCCUGGAGAGAGGGAUGGGAGGAGGCGAGAGAAGGGAGAGGUCGGCGCGUUCUGUCGCCGCCGCCAAUGCAUUUAAGUUCCGUGAGCGUUCUCUUUCCACGCCGACGGAUUCCGGCUCAUUCUGCUCCACGGACAACAUCUGCGGCGGGAUGUACGGCCUCGGUGGACUACCUGGAGCCGGUAAUGGGACAAACGGGAACGGUGGCGGCGUUUUAACAGAGAUGCGCCACCCACACCACCAUUACCCUGGCGGCGAGGGGGGUGAGAGGGGCGAGAGCUAUGCCCUCUUCUACCCCAGCGGGAGCUCCGAGGAUGGGAGCAACAGCAUUGACAACGUCUCCGUAACCGACGGCAACUUCCCCCCGGGCGGUCGCCUACGGUUACGUUCUCGCUCCAUCUCGCUGAAGAAGUCCAAACGCAAACCCCCUCCACCCGUCCGGAGCGUCUCGCUCGUGAAGAAUUUAGGGGACGCCGAGGGGCGCGUGCAUGGCCACAACGGAGGGCACUACCGGGACGGCCGCCCCAAAUCCCUGCACAUCCCCCGGGACCACCUCCAGGACUUCCAGCCAGACUUCCUCCUACCCUCCUCCUCCCUCUCCAAGGCCGAUCUGGAGGAGCCUGAGCUGGGCCACGGCGGCGUGGACGGACCCCCUAGCCUCGAGGUCCACGGACCAGACACAACAGAGCUGUCCUUCCCAGCCCACUGGCAGCUGGAGGAGUGGAAAGCUUCUGACCCCUACAGGUCAUUGUCUGGGUCUAGUACAGCCACAGGGACGACUGUUAUAGAGUGCAUGAAGGUUCGGGGCAGCUCCGAGUCUCUCCUGGACUCUCCCUCCACCUCCAGAGCCACCUCCCCCUCCCUGCUCUCCAUUGAGGCAGAGUCGACCAAAGCUUCCUCUCCCUUCAAGCCACCAGGACUCAUGUCCCCCUCCAGCGGCUACUCUAGCCAGUCAGAAACUCCGACACCCAUCACCCCCUCCAACCAGGUGGUAGGAACACCAACAGGGCCCGCCUGCACAUUGGGGUGUAAGAUGCGCCCCAAAAUCCCAGAGAGGAAGUCUUCGUUGCCAGCUACAUCACCACGGGACCCUGCCGCCCGAUCGAGGCUGUCCUUCGAGAUGCCAGUUAACGCUCAUCUGGAUUUGUCCUCCAUCAAACCAAAACAGAAGGCCAGCCGGCGCCAUUCUGAUACGUCCACCGCCACUAAGCCCGGUAAACUGAGUGCUGGCAGCCAAUCAACUCUCCCAGUGGUGACCACGAACGAGCUCCGGAACAUCCGCCUGCGUUCUGUCUCCCGUACUGACCUGGAGGACUGCCUUGAUGGAGCCUCUAAUGACAUCAUUGAGGAGGAGCAGGGUCGCGACCUUUCCCCCCCUCCUGUCACCCCCGGUUGCAUCCCCGGCCCCCUCGUUGCCCCCAGACCCACCCCUGUGGCCUUCAAGCCCCCAUUACCCAAACGCCUCAACAUCCUCCUCAAGUCCCCUUCCUCCUCCCCGUUGCUUCCGACUCCCCCUGCCUCCCCUGUUGACCCUCCCCGGCCCAUGCCUAACCCCAGCAUCUACAUGGUGGUAGGUAGGAAGCCCAAGCUGAAGAAAGCCUUCCCUCACACCCCCACCAGCCCCUUUAGACCCCAGGAACAUCCCCAAACCUUCCCCCUCCACUACCCCCAGAGCCUCUACGAUGUUUCCUCCUUCCCCCAAACCCGGUCCCUGUACGAUCUGCCUCCUCUCCCCCUGCCCCAGCCCCUCCUGGAGGACCCCUCUAUGGAGCCGGAGUUCAACCCUGACUUGGAGCUCCGUCUUGGGCCUGAGGAUGGAGGGUCACUCCCCUCUCCCUGCAGUAACCAGGAAGUGCUAGAGACUCAGGAUAAGAGCAAGUCUCUACCUAGCAGGAUGACCAUAUCCUGUCUGGCUGAAUUGGACAAGAAGAAACCCAAGGUUCCUCCUCCGGUUCCAAAGAAGCCCAACGUCCUGCUUCUUCCCUCCAACGGUACCACCGACAGACAGGGAACACAGACAGACUGCCCUGCCGCCCUCCGCUCUCCCGUUGGAGCGUUCCCACCAGAAGAGAUUCCCGGGAAAGAGGAAAACCAGGAAAAUUACCUGGGAAUAGGGACGGAUGAGGAAAGCUCCAUGGAGUCUUCAUUACAGGACUCUUCUUUUACAGACGUGGAGGGGAGGCUCAGCAUUACAGAGACAGGCAGAAGUGAUGAUGCGGAGAGUGUUGAGGAGAGCAGUUCGGUCGUUAGUGACAAGACGGAACUCCACAUCACAGAGGAAAUGGAUGAUGAUGUCAGAGGACACACACCUACCACACACACCACAGAGGACCUGUUCACCAAAAUACACAGGUCAAAAAGGAAAGUCCUGGGCCGUAAGGAACCAGGGGACUCGUUCGGCAGCCGCCAGAGUCUGGUCUCCCCGGUGAAGCACAGCACCAGUGGUGGUGACCUCCGAACCCUGACCCUGGGCUCGACCCCGCGCUCCACCUCGCGGAAUGACAACUUCAUGGCCCUGCUCCAAAAGAAGGGCAGCAAGUCCAGCACGGGAGGGGCCAGAGUCUCUGCUAUGGAACUCCUCAAGAGCACAAACCCCCUCGCACGACGCGUCACAGAAUUCUCCACCUCGGCGGACGGAGGAGGGGAUAUGACCACCGGGAAUAAUGGAACCAGAAUGCCUCAGGACCAAUGAGAGUUUUAAAUCACUUGUCCCAGGUCAUCCUCUCUCUCUCUCUCUCUCUCUCUCUCUCUCUCUCUCUCUCUCUCUCUCUCUCUCUCUCUUUCUCUCUUAUCUCCCGAGAAAGUAGUUUGAAUCUAGUUAUAGACUUUUCGAUCGGACUAUUGAUGGAAGAAAGGAACGUCCAACCAGACCACUCAACCACUGAUUGACCUUUCACGAACGUUUAUUAACUGGCCAAUGGUUGGUCACAAUGGUCAUCAAAGGAGUUCUGUUUAUCACGCCGUCCGUUCCAUCAUUAAGGGGUAUUAUUUUUGGAGGUCUCCUUCAGUCUAAAGGAGAACAUUAGGAUUGUUAAUGUCAUGCUUCAACACACUAUUUUUUUUAAACGAGAGAGAGACUAUACUAGGGAACGUUUGAUUGGAUAAUAGACCUGGGUACAUUGCAGGCCUGUGCUUGAUGGCGACAGAUGCCACACUAGUCUUUUGAAGACAUGGGGUGAGUGUGUGUGUCGUAUUUUCUGUCCCUCGUGCAACAACAACAACAACAACAACAAAACUACAACGGUUUAAAUCGAAAACAUUCCACGGAAAGAUUGACAGUUGGACAUGGUACCAAGCCCCGACCCUUUAUGUUUGAAUCAAAGCACUUUGGCGACUGCCUACCGAGGUAGUUUACAACAACGAGGAAAACAACAACGCCUGUGUCCUCCCUGUUAUUCGUUUGUUUAUGUUUCUCUUUUUUCAUACGCGAUAGAAGGCCAUAUAAAUGUACAAAGAUAUACAUACAUACCAUAUAAACUGAAAAAAUCCGCUUGAACUGUUCUAACAGACUAUGGAGAGCCACAGUGUAUAGUAGUACUACUAACAGUAGUAGUAUAAUAGUACUACACUAGUUCUAACAGUAGUAGUACAAUAGUACUACAGUAGUACUAACAAUAGUACUAACAGUAGUAGGACAGAAGUACUACAGUAGUACUAACAGUAGUAGUACAAUAGUACUACAGUAGUACUAACAGUAGUAGUAGUAGUACUACAGUAGUACUAACAGUAAUAGUACUACAGUAGUACUAACAGCAAUAGUACUACAGUAGUACUAACAGUAGUAGUAGUAGUACUACAAUAGUACUAACAGUAAUAGUACUACAGUAGUACUAACAGUAAUAGUACUACUGUAGUACUAACAGUAGUAGGCUACUAUGUGAUACACCUCACAGCACACAACAGGAUCAAACCAACUGAACUGAAGGAGCGACGCUAUGGAACACAAUCCCACGAACCCUUACCCACGGAUCUCCCCGCACUGCCGUCAGAGUGUGUGUGUACUUGCGUGCGUGUGUGUGUGUGUGUGUGUGUGUGUGUGUGUGUGUAUACAGGAAAUGAUAACCAAACACAGCAAGGGAGGUGUGAAAGAUGGAGGGCACAGAAUUGAACCCUGUGGAUCUUUCUUAACAGAGAGUAUGAUACAGGGUUGGGUUUAUUUAACAGGGUUUAGACUGGUUUCUGUUAGGACCAAAGGACUGCCAUAAACAGACCAGUGGAGACGUGUGUGUGUGUGUGUGUGUGUGUGUGUGUGUGUGUGUGUGUGUGUGUGUGUGUGUGUGUGUGUGUGUGUGUGUGUGUGUGUGUGUGGGGGACAAGGGCUUCAUUUAUCCGCCCUAAGGAGAGGAUUAAGUGGUCUGAAUCAUGUGGCUGUAGUCUUUGGAGUUUUCCGUGACGUUUUGGAACUGAGAGAGGAUUCUGGGCCUGAGUGGAUUCCGGAACUGUGAUUAGAACCCACUUUUCUAACAACCAUCACAAAACAAACCGAGACAGUCCAGGAAAACAGCUAACCAUCCAUCGGCCAUAUUGAAAAAUGCAUCACCCUCUUCUUUUUGCCCUCUCCACAUGUUCUUUUCUCAUACUGUCCGUUUUGUGCAGGGGUGAUGCCGCAGCCUUUUCCUCUCGUCCUCCUUCCUGGCAGGAACACAUGCUCCAUCUGUCUCUCCCUCUCUUCUCGUCCACUCUCCCUCUCUUCUCGUCCACUCUCCCUCUCUUCUCGUCCACUCUUCUCGUCCA